AUGAAAACAGCUACAGCAGUGAUCAGUGCACUUAAACAAAUAUUUCGUACACAUGGAAUUCCACAGAAAAUACAUUCAGACAAUGGCCCACCGUUUGACAGCCAAGCAUAUUUGUCAUUUUUGAAAUCAUAUGAUAUUCAAUCUAUAAUAUCGUCUCCUAGAUAUCCAAGAUCUAAUGGAAUGAUCCAAAGAUCAAUAGGGACAAUGAAGAACAUUCUUUUGAAAUUCAGAGCUUCAGGAGGCGAUCCUAAUUUAGCAAUCUUUGAGUACAAUAACACGCCAAAAUUUAAAUUGCCUUCUCCAGCAGAAAUGUUGAUGGGAAGACGCUUAAGGUCAGUGGUACCCCAGAAGACAAUUUUACUAAGGCCUUUAUUUUCCUCUAGAAGCAACACACUUAAGACCAAGAAAGUUAGACUUUUCCACCCCAGCGAAACAAGCUGUUCAGUUACUCCUAAAAUGGCGAGACCCAAAAGAGCUACUGGACCACCAAUUCGUUUUAAAGACUAUGAUUGA